UCACUCCGUCAGUCCCCGCUACACUCACACCAAAGACCAAACCCAGUUACCACAUGACAUGUGUGGUUAGCUAUCUUACGCUAAGUUGAGACAAGUAUUUGUGGAAGAAGAAGAAAGAACGGGAAAGACCAAACCCAGUCGUCGUCCCUGAGCAAAGAAAGAAGCGGAUCCAUGGCUUUCGUCCCGGAGGCACCUGCAGCGAGGAAGCUCCUGCUACGGCGCGGCGGAGCCGUGGCGCGGUCCCUGCGCGACGCCGGCCUCGGCUUCGACCCCGACGGCGCCGGGCGCUUUCUCGCCCCCCUGUGGGAGCUCAUCAAGCAGAAGGCCGCCGAGCUCGCGGCCUUCCUCGCCGGCCUCCUCGCCGCGCUCGCCAAGAAGGCCGACGAGCUCUUCCCGCCGGAGACCCGCUCGGAGACGCUCGCGCAGUGGGUGCGCGUCGGCGUCACCGUUGUGCUCCCGGCCGCGCUCGGCGCCCUUGUGCUGUUCUGGCUCGCCCGGUGCUGCUGCCGCUGCUGCUGCGGCCGCCGCCGCUGCGGGCGAACGAUGGUGGCUCCCGGCCGCGGCGGCGCGCGCAUGCCGCGCUACGCGUUCGAGGAUGAUCCCCGGACAUAUUUCCGCGACCUCCGUGCAAAGAAGCCCCUCGUAUACUAGUGACUCGUCUUCGGUAAGUUUCACCUCACGUACGUACGCGGUGUACAUGUGUACUUGUAUUGGCGUAUAUAUAGUUGUAUUUGUGUCCGUACGGUUUAGUGCUAUUGUGCGGUUAUUGGGUGACGUGUAUCAGGUGUUAUAUUACUGUCUUAUGUAUACAGGAUGCGUAUGCAAGGUUAAGAAUGUUCUUAAGGUUCGCUAAAUAUAAAUUUGGAAGGUUGCUUGUGAUAA